AUGACAUCCCUAACCAAAUCCAGCUCCAAGUCAGAUCCAAAUCCAAGUCCUGUCAACUCCAUAUCAAAUCCAGGAAUUGGAUAUGGUGCACCCCUAGUCGAUCAACGUGUGUCGUACACGGCCGUUUGGUAUGCACCAUAUUACAGUCGUUUUGUAUCGUGUCAUAAACGAUCGUAUACGGAAAUAUCCGACCACAUUACGGUCGUUAGAGAUCAUUCUGAAGCUGAUUGGGAUAUGCUUGCUCCUGAAAAUAUUUAUAAAAAGCCUUUAUAUAAAGCAUCAACACGUGGUGGAAAUGAUGUUCGAUAUGCACUAACACAAUAUUUUUUGAAAAAUUCAAUAUAA